UUGGUUGAUUCAUUUAUGUGAAUCGUAGCCCGUAGCAACGCACGGGCGUUUUACUAGUAUUUAUAUAUACCAAGUCUGUAUGCGGUACGUGAUGAUAUGUUGUAUAUAGAUCCAGGUUUUCUCGAUGCUCUUCCAAAAAUGAAUAACUGACAAAGACAGCUUGAUUGAACGUGCAGCAUCAAUCAACAUAAUUUUCCCUACAAAAGCAAUCUAAGACAAACUGCAGAUAUACCAAGAAAAUGGAUUGCAGGAUUGAGAUUAUAAAAGAACAUUGUUGAUCAAAAAAAUCAUUAGUCAUAAAAAUCAUUAUAUUUGUGUUAGGAAAAGGUACAGGGGUGUCAUUGUCACGGUGGUUUCAUUUGGCGUUUACUCUCUGUUGGGGGGUGAGCUGACGGCAGCAAAGGCGUUUACCUCUCUUUCACUAUUUGCAGUGUUAAGGUUCCCACUUUUUAUGCUGCCAAAUCUGAUAACUCAGGUUGUUAACUGUAAGGUUUCGUUGAAACGACUGGAAGAUCUCCUCUUGGCUGAUGAGAGAAUACUUAUGCCAAAUCCACCUAUUGAUCCUGAGCUUCCAGCCAUUUCUAUCAAGAAUGGAAACUUUUCAUGGGAGUUGCAGGCUGAGCGACCAACACUAUCAAAUGUCAAUCUGGACGUGCCUGUCGGCAGUUUAGUUGCAAUAGUAGGAAGCACUGGGGAGGGGAAGACUUCUCUUAUUUCUGCAAUGCUUGGUGAAAUAGCACCAGUAUCAGGAUCAGAUACCUCAGUGGUCAUUCGUGGUUCAGUGGCAUAUGUUCCUCAAGUUUCAUGGAUCUUCAAUGCUACCGUCCGGGAUAACAUAUUGUUUGGGUCUCCAUUCCAACCUUCGCGCUACGGGAGAGCAAUAGAUUCUACUGCAUUACGACAUGACCUUGACCUACUCCCAGUAAGUUCCAAUGUCCAAAUAUGCUGUUAUUUGACGAAGUGACCUUGCUAGAGAACAAGUUUCUAGUUUUUUAGUUGGGCUGGUUAUAUUCAAGUUGUGCCUUUGUG